AUGUGGAGCAACCUUCCCUUCGAUCUCUUAGCCUAUAUUUUUUCUUUCCUACCUCCUGAUUCGUUAGCUUGUGCUAAAUCUUCCUGCCGGAAUUGGCACAGAUGUCCCGACGUCUACUUCGACCCGUCGGAUUCUCGCCGGCGGAGUCAGAAUCCGACUUGGUUUAUCGCCGUUAUAAUUCGCAGCUCCGGCAUCGUUUGCUACGCCCAAAACCCAGUCGAUAACCACCGUCAAUUCCUCUUACAACUUGAUUUUAUUCCCACCCCGAUUCAACCCAUUUCCCCAAUUCGUAACGGCGGCCUCAUCCUAUUACGGUCUACUACCGCCGAUUUGCUUCAAUUGGCCAUAUGCAACCCUUUUACUCGGGAAUUUAGAGAUCUCCCGAUACUUACUGUGCCAAGAAUCAAUCCAGCCGUCGGCGUUGUGGAGUUAUCAUCAAUUCCGGGUCAAUUCCAUUUUGGGGUUUUUGUGGUGGGCGGCUUGUCUGUUGCUCUGCCUGCCGGAAACGGCUCCUCUGCCUACGAGUCCACGGUGGAAAUGUUCGAUUCACGCCGUGGCUCGUGGCUGAUUAUCGGUCCCGUGCCGUUGGAAUAUUCAGUGAGGCUUACUGUUUCGGAUCCCGAUGCAGCUGUGUAUUGCGAUGGGGUGAUCUACUGGAUGACAUCAACCGGAGCUUAUAGCGUAAUCGCAUACGAGAUUACCACAAAUAAGUGGAAGGAAUUAAACCUGCCGAUUGCGGAUAGGCUCGAAUUCGCCGCGUUGGGGAGAAGGAACGGGAAGCUUACUCUUGUUGGUGGCAAAUGUGGUGGCGAUGCAUACGUGUGGGAGCACGGAAAAGGUGGAAUGAACUGGGGUAUAAUUGAGAAAGUCCCAUUUGAAUUGGGGAUGAAGUUCUUAGGGGGAAAAGGUUGCUGGGAUAACACGAAAUGUGUUUGUACUGAUGGGAUGGUGUGCUUUUAUAAGGAUGUUGGAUCAGGAAUGCUAGCUUGGAGAGAAAUUGAUGAAAAUGGCAGAUGGGGAUGGUUUUGGAUUGAUGAAUGUUGUUCCAUAAGAGGUCAGCAGCUGAAGCUGCAGAAUUUCCAGAUCAAAGGGUUACUGUUACACCCAAAUCUGGCGCAUUCUUCGCAUUUUAAUUCGUAA